GGAUGCUCAGCACAUCCCAGAGAGGAGAGGAGAGCAGAGCAGAGCAGAGGAGACUACAGAGGUGCUGCUGCUGCUGCUGUCCGGUCCGCUGUCAGCCUGCAGCCACACAUACAUAUGACUGAGCUGCUGUUCACACCACAAACAACAACAACAAAGGAAAACAACAGCAACAAACAAACAAACGCGGCAGGUGGCGCUGUGCUGUACAGACGAUGGCUCUCUCUUGGAGUCUCCUCCUGGCGUUCUUGUUUGCGUCCCUGGUUCUCUCACACAGCGCCGAGCCCGGAGCUCCUCACGGCAAGAGGAGACAGGCGCAGACCUCAGCGGGCGGCAGCAACGCCCUACAGCACCCUCUGCAGGGUCUGCAGGGCCACCGUUACAACAGGGACCGCGGAGGAGGGCACGGGGGCCAGGGGGCCCGCGCUACCAAAGGUGGAGCCGGGCUGCUCUCCCACAGGCCCAUGCACCCACUGGCCAGGCCCGAGGAUGACGGGACGGGCCUGGAGAGUUUGAGCCCGGUGAGGCUGGAGAUGGGCCCGGGCAGGGACAGAGACAGAGUUCGAAUGAGUAUGAAGAGUCCGUCGCAGGGCCGGGAAAACCAGCUGCUGGGGACGCGCAAAGGACGGGGACAUGGACACGGGAAUGGGCACGGACACCAUUUUGAGCACAGGAGGCAAGGGAGUCGGCGUGACAAGGAGCGUCACGGAAAAGGGUUUCUUCCCGAGCCGGAGCUGAGCUCUGCGUAUAAGGACAGAGAUCUGUUUGAGGAUCUUCCCUCCUCCUCUGCCGCCUCCCCCUCCCUCAGCAUGACCCCACCCGGUGAAACCCCCUCCCCCAUCGCCGCCGUCUUUGGCUCUGGCUCCUCCAUGGUUACCACGGUGAUGAACGAGCAUCCCCCAACGCUGCCCCCGGCCUCCACCAAACCCCAGAGGUCCGGAAGAGGUAAAGGACAAGGAGAGGUGAUGCCAACGUUGGACAUGGCGCUCUUUGAUUGGACAGACUACGAGGACAUGAAACCUGUGGACGCCUGGCCGUCUUCCAGGAAGAAAGACAAGAGGCGGAGUAAGAACCUCAGCAGUGGAAAUGGGACUGUAGACGCUGACGCCAUCGAGCCAUGCGACCACCACCUGGACUGUCUCCCAGGUUCUUGUUGUGACUUGAGACAACAUGAGUGUAAACCUCACAACAGAGGCCUCAACAACAAAUGCUACGAUGACUGCAUGUGUGAGGAAGGGUUCCGCUGUUACGCUAAAUUCCACCGGAAGCGUCGUGUGACCAGGAGGAGGGGUCGCUGCGUGGUGCCAGAGUCAGUCAACAGUGACCAAGGAGGCUUCAUCACUAUCUGAGGAAGAGGAGGAGGUGGAGGACAAGAUGAAGGAGCAGGGAAAAUGUCCCAGUGACCACUCUGACAGAGUAGAUAGUGCAGCCAAAACAUCACAUGACACUGACACGCCGCUGAGUGCUGAAAGGUGACGGUUUGCUGGUUUUUCAAAUUGAUCCCACAAUGUAAAACAUCUAAAUGCCGACAUCUGGUCAGUUAAAACAAAAUAGUUUAACUGGAUAUGCUAUUUGACUGUUGCAUUGUGGGAUGAGUCACACCUUCUAAUCCAGCAAAUCACCGUCUUUGAGCACCUAUUUAAAAUCAGUUUUGUUUCAGUUGUGGUCACUGCAGCAUCAAUACAGAAGCAUAUGUAUGUUUUCAAAGAGGGGCUUUUCAAAACUCACUCAGUCCACAAUGGCUGACGAUUUUUAUUUGUUUUAAAUUGGUAUAAAAGAUUCACUUGUCUGGCAACACAUCACUGAGUGAACUCUGUAAACAUCUCAUAGUUCACAUGUUGAUAUAUUCACCACAGUUAUUACGGCUGUUGGUUUCAUUUCUCACAGGUUUUCCUGCAGCUGAUCGUCUCUGUCCUGCUGAUCUAAGUCAAACAAUGUUUACAAAUCAUUUAACAUUUACUAUUGCUUAGAGUCCCAAAUUAUGUCUUUUAUUGGUUCGGGAUCAUUCAAAUUGAGCUGUCACUCAGAGAAAUGAUGCUAGAAUGACUUUGAAAUAGUUUCUGUGUGAGCUCUGUGCUACGUUUUGUUUCUCGGCACUCUUACUCUCCAAACAAAUGCGGAAAAUGAUUUGUAAAUGCCAUUUGAACCCAGUCUGCUGUCCUGUAUUGUAAAUAAGAAUGUGUCUGAAUUGCCAACCACUUUUUGUUAACUUCUCUUUAAAUGUACUUAACUGUAGAACGAUAAACAAAGAUGCUUGUUUGACCUUCCUUUUACAUGUCUUAAUAUAUGUUUUAUUUAUACUGUACUUAAACACACGUUUGUCCAGAUAUUGUGUUUGUCUGUCUUUUUUGUCUUCAUGAUUAAACACUUACUAGGAUAAACA